AUGGUAGAAGGAAAAAGGAUAUUUGAGAGGGUAUACAUCUGCUUAAAAGCUUGUAAGGAAGGUUUCAGAUCUGGCUGUAGACCACUCAUUGGUCUUGAUGGGUGCUUCCUCAGAGGGUAUUGUAAAGGAUUGCUUUUGGCUGCAGUAGGAAUAGAUGCAACAAACUCAAUGUAUCCUAUUGCUUAUGCAGUUUGUGAGAAAGAAAACACUAACACUUGGUCUUGGUUUUUAAAAUUGUUGAAGGAAGAUCUAGAUAUUGACAGACCUUCUCAGUUUGCUAUGAUGAGCGAUAGGCAGAAAGGGUUGGAGAAUGCUAUUGCUUCUGUUUUUGAGGGUGCAGAGGUGAGAAAUUGUGUUAGGCACUUGCAUUCCAACUUCAAGAAAGACCACCCAGGUUUGUUAUUGAAACAACAACUAUGGGCAGCAGCAAAGACAACCACUAUUCCAGAGUUUCAAAAGAGGAUGAGAGAGUUAAGGGAUACUAGUGAAAAUGCUUACAACUGGUUGGCACUAAAGACUCCAUCCGAGUGGUCUAGGUCACAUUUUAGUGAAAUGGUGAAAUGUGAUAUGUUGUUAAACAACCUUUGUGAAUCUUUUAAUACUGUAAUAGUUGAUGCUAGAGACAAGCCGAUAAUUACUUUGCUAGAAAAGAUUCGUUAUUGGCUAAUGAGUCGAUUUUUCAAUAAGAGGGAAAGUCUGAAGAAGUGGAUACAUCCCGUGGGGAAAAGAAUAUUGCAAGUUGUGGAGAAGAACAAGAGUAUUGCCAAGAAUUGUCUGACUACUAGGGCUGCAACUUAUCAAUUUCAAGUUGACUGCCCAAAUAAUGAGUCAUUUGAUGUUGAUUUGCAAAAAAGGACUUGCAGUUGCCGAAGAUUUCAACUCACUGGUAUCCCAUGUGGUCACGCACUGGCUGCCAUAUGGACAAGUGGGGCAGAGAUAAUGGACUAUAUCCAUGAAUGUUAUAAGAAAGAGGCAUUUCUGAAAGCUUAUGCAGGAAUCAUAUACCCUAUGCCAAGCCCAGAGCAGUGGCCAGAGACUGGUUUGAACCCUAUAUACCCACCUUUUGAAACUAAUCUGCCAGGGAGACCAAAAAAGGCCAGAAGAAGAGAGUCUGAUGAACCACCCCCAAGUUCAACAAAAACUCGAAGGUUUGGUCAGAUCCACUUGUGCAAAAAGUGCAAACAGCCAGGCCACACAAGCAAAACAUGCCCCAACCCAACAAAUGCUCAGGUUCCUGCUCAAAAGAAAAGAGGUAGGCCACCAGCUGCAAAUCCCACUGAAGCAACAAAGAAAAGAAAAGAACGAUUGACAAAGCAAAAACAAAGUUUUUCUCAGCAAGGGGGUUCCAAAACUCGAGCCAGACAACAUGACCUUUCUUAG